UGAGCUUUCUUUCACACACACACACACACACACAAAAAAAGAGAAAGAAAACCCCUGCUCCUUCACUCCACUGAAGAUGGAACCGCUGGAUCGCAAUGCGUCCUCACUAGCCACGACCAAUUAACAGCGAGAGCCGGCAGUUAUUGUCUCUGAGGACCCGGACGCGCGCUCACCUGUCACAUUUUUUAACGCUUUUCAAGAGAUUUCUCUUUUUGAAAGGGGGUCUCUUCUCCGUUAGUGUCAGGGUUUCUUUUUAAGUGUAAAACGCGUCGUUCCGGUGGAUUAUAUGCAGGUGGCAGGAUCUCGAGGUGCGUCAAAGUGAGCGCAUGCAAUCCAACAAGUGGAUGCAUGAAUCCGCUCGCGGCGAGGCAAAGAGGCAAUCAGCGGACUGACAGCCCCUGCGAAGCAAUUGGCCUAUCGAUUGUUUUUUUUUUUUGUUCAAGGGACAACCUGCACUAAUCAGCUCAGAUGUGGAGCUCCCUCCUGCUUGAUGGUGAUGCAUUCGUGUGCGCAUCGUCUCCCUCUGAGGUAGUUUUGUAAUAUCUACUGACUUUGUGUGAAUAAUCAGGAUCGAUUUGGGCUUUUCUUUUCUUUUCUUUUUUUUUUCUUCUCCCCCAAAUAAGGUAAGACACCCCCAGUCAGUCAUUGUUGCUGCUCUUCCGUCGUUGACCAGAAAAUUGAAGGAAAAAAAAAAAAAAAAAAAAAAAAAAAAGCGAGAUUUCGGCGGACACGCUGCGGAAUCCACCUUCUCCCGCCGGGGGGAAGUUGGGGUUCCUCUCCGUAGACACGUUUUCUGUAUGACGAGGGCGCAGGUGGCAGCCAAAGGUCGCAGUCAUGCCGAUGCACCCAGUCACCUCCACGUUGAUGUACCGGGGGAUCUGCACCAUCCCCGACAUCCUCUCCUACAGCGCCCCGGUGAACCUGCCCGAAGACGAAGUUGAAGAGAUCCGCGAGGCCUUCAAAGUGUUUGACCGCGAUGGGAAUGGGUUCAUCUCAAAGCAAGAGCUGGGGAUGGCCAUGCGCUCCCUGGGCUACAUGCCAAACGAGGUGGAGCUGGAGGUCAUCAUCCAGAGACUGGACAUGGACGGCGAUGGCCAGGUGGACUUUGAGGAGUUUGUCACUCUUCUGGGCCCAAAGCUGACGGCAGCUGGGAUGCCAGAUAAGUUCCACGGCACCGACUUUGACUCCGUUUUUUGGAAGUGUGACAUGCAGAAGUUAACGGUGGAAGAGCUGAAGAGGCUCCUGUACGACACCUUCUGCGAUCACCUUUCCAUGAAAGACAUCGAGAACAUCAUCAUGACUGAGGAGAACCACAUAGAGAACCCGGGGGAAUGCCAGGUGGAUAUAGACAGUUCCAGCCCGACGCAGCAGGUCAAGCAAACUUGUGUGCGCAAGAGCCUGAUAUGCGCCUUCGCCAUCGCUUUCAUCAUCAGCGUCAUGCUCAUCGCGGCCAAUCAGGUGCUGCGGAGCGGCAUGAAAUAGGAGCGGCGGCUUUUUUCCCCCCAGCCUUGACCACCACCUAAAGGCUGCCUUGCAGAUAAAUGACUGAAGAGAUGGAGCUGGAUUGAAAAACAAACAAACAAAAAGAACAAAUGAAAAACAGACAGACAAUCACACAACUGUAACGCAGGCCCGCGAACGACUGCAGAAAAACUGGAGUCACCCCGGACACUACAUGGGGUCAGAUACAGAUUUCAAGGACAACAGGACCUCACCUACAAAGAUAGAGCGGUGUGUUUGGCGUGGACAGCUGACUAUACAUAUCACUAUUCGUAAAAAAAAAAAAAAAAAAAAAAAAAAAGACAACAACAUUUAGUAUUCAAUAGCUAUGUGCAUUUGUUGCAUUCAGUAUGGUGGCAGCUAUAGAGAGAAGUGUAGUGACUGUCCAGUUUUGUAUUUGUCCAGUGUACCAUGCGGUUUAGUAGAAUUGAUUAGAGAGAAAUCUGUGAAAUAUUGUUGGGACAGAAAAUAUAUUCCUGGGGGCUAGAAAGUGUUAUGUGCCAGGGUCUGGAAACAUUGUGGAGAUAUUGUAAGUGGUGCAACAUUGUUAAAAAAAAAAAAAAAAAAACACUCGGGAAUGACAAUAGCUUGGUAAGAAAACAGACAAGGGGGUCUUUGAAGGGAUGCGCGUGUGAUUGCGUGGAUAGUUUCAUUCAUUCACAGGCAGCGGGGCUUCAGUCGGAGGGCAAGGCAGGUUAACAGCUCUUGGGAAGGAAGGCGUGGAGGUCUGAACAGACGGGUAACUGGCUGGAAAAGUGGCUGGACAUGCAGUAUACACUCGACUCUCUCUGUCUUCACAGCGGGGCUUUGCAGGCCUCCGAAGAUGACCAUCAUCUAUGCAUGAAAUGCAUGGAUUUAAACAAUUGUCUUGACACAUUUGUAGAAGUUCUUAUCAAUGUAUUAAUCAUUAUGACUGUGUAACAGAGCUGUUUUUCAACUACUUAAUGACAACUGUGAGCAACCGUGUGCGGUGCGGGGUAUCAGCAAUCACAACAAAAAAUUGCAUGAUAUAGAAGGGCUGCAUUAGUACAUGCUCGUGAAGAAAAAAAAAAAAAAAAGAAAUAGUUUCGAUUGCUAAGCUAGGGACCUUUCUACCUGGCAGGUACCUGAUGAUCACCACACUGCCACCAAAUAGCAAACAACGUCAAGAUGUGCGCCACUCAACCGUUUAAAGAAUAUGCAUCGGAUCUGAUCUGGUUAGUCGUGCUGAUACAAAUGUGCAGGAAUGUCUCUUGUUCUUUUUUAAACAUUUUUAGUUUGUUUUCUGUCUAGAUGAAUUGCUACGGAGCAAUAAAUGUGUGUAAAAUAGACAUCUUACGUUGCUUUAAGACGGACGCGAAUCAUCAAAAACAUGAGCACCAGUGGACCUAGUAACUGUUGAGGUCGGAAAAUGUUCUAUAGCACUUUUCAAACGGAGGUUUUGGCAAUACAAGAGAGUCGUUUGGCUCUGAUGUUCAAACAGGGGUGCAGCCCUCUCGUUCAGCGAAAUAUAGAGAUCGGACCGACGAGUGGAAACGUGGCUGACAGAAGCGGCCCAGUGCAUUGACGGUCUGACAGGGGGCCAAAUGGUGUGAACUGUUGCAAUAAAACAUUAAUAUCUGUGAAGCACCCCAUGAAUUUGAUUGGGUGUAGUUUAGAUUGUUGUGCAUGCGUCGGGGUAAGGUCUGUCACUGUCGAUGUGUAUUGUACAUAUAAACCAACUUCAACCAAAGCUUUGGAGGAAUCUGUGACAAUAGAACUGAGCCCCAAAUCAAUGAAACUAAUGAAUUAUGUUAAUGUGAAAAUAGUGGAAGAAAAAAUAAUGAGUUAGCCAAGAUGUGUUUGGAGAGUUAAAAACAAAAUAAGCCCUUCAAAAUAUGCUCAAAUACAACACAGAGUGAUACAUAAAUCUAAAUAAUUAACAUCCUUUGAAUGUCCCUUUUUCAGGACCGCCGCUGGCAGCCCCCCAAACUUGGGUCGCAUACAAGAGCCAAAAAACCCUCACAGAGGCAACAAAAUUAGAUUACCCUAUCGCCCGCAGCCAGGUGGGAUGGCGAUUAUCUGAUGCACUCGGGGCAAUUUGUCAAAAGUGUCAACUCUGUGGGGAACACAGUCAGAGAAAAAAGCCCAGUUAUAAACAAAUACCUUUGUUUCCAUUUUGCACUUUAAGACGUGCUGCAACGCACAACAACGACUCACCGCCAUUGAUUGUUCAUCCAUUUCCACGUAUAGUUUUGGCAUAAAGAAUUACAUCACCAUAGAUGUAUCUAUUUUGUGAUAUAAGAGUGCGGUGGACUAGGAUAUUUACUGAUUAGGGGAAAUUAUACCGAUUCAUUAGUUUUCUAUUAUAUCAUAUCUGAGGGAACAUUUUCAUGGGGAAUAAAGUUAUAACAAUGAUUUGUUGCCUUAUUCUUUGAGAACACGUUGGCAUUUUGCAAACACAUAAAAACACACCUAUCGAAGGUUUAUAAUUUAUCACCAGAGCAAACUGUACAAAAAAGAAACAAUAUUUAUUUUCUUUUUACAGAUGUGAAAAAACAAAAAAGUUGUAUGAACAUGUUGAUAGUCUACUGAAUGUUCUAUUUCCAUUGUUCUGUACUUUGAUACUUGUCUGGAUCUUGCAAAAAUGUUUAUUGACCACGUUAUAUCUGUCCAUCGACUCCACCCGAUGUUUCUUCUUCUAUGUCUGUGGAAUGGUAUUUCACAUGAAUAAAAUCACAUAACGACCGUG